GAAUCCUAUAAAUACCACGGGUCUCACUCCGACCACUUCACACCAGCCGAUCCCGAGGCCACCAAACCAAGAGCAGCUACACAGCCAAAAAAUCUGAAUUUUCUUCGUCCACAAAGUUUCAGGGACGACCGAGUUCACCAUGAAGCCGGCUCAGCUGCUCGUGACGCUGCUGGCCGCCUGGGCGGCGGUGAUCCUCCUGGUGAUGUGCGCCGCGGCACCGGGGGCGGAAGCGGCGACGACGUGCAACGCACUGCAGCUGAGCCCGUGCGCGGGCGCCAUCAUCGGGAACGCGGCGCCGACGGCGGCGUGCUGCAGCAGGAUGAAGGCGCAGCAGCCCUGCCUGUGCCAGUACGCCAAGGACCCCAACCUGCAGCGCUACGUCAGCUCCCCCAACGGGAAGAAGGUCAUGGCCGCCUGCAAGGUGCCCGUGCCAUCCUGCUAAAUGGCGGCACCUCGAUCGAUCUGCAUGUGUGGGACUGUUGGGUGUUGUGUUUCGGUGCUUCGAUGGAUCGCCAUGUGCCGUUUGGUGACGGCGGAGCUACCGGAUGUAUCUGAAUAAAACGCAGUAAUAAUCGUGUCAGGAUUCUCUUUGAAAUGUAACACGAAUUCGUCAAACUUUUUCAUGACGCACCGGAAAUCAUUUGGCAAAGCUUGUUCA